AUGCAUUUCGCUGGCAAUCCCUUGAAAUACUGGCUCUUUCUGAGAAGCUUUGAAAGUGGUAUAGCUAGCAAGUUGAGGGACGACGAUGGCCGACUUUCCUACCUGAUCCACUACUGUAGAGAUGAGGCCAGAGACGCCAUUGAAAGCUGUACAAUCCUAGACCCUAGCGAGGGGUAUUCGUUGGCUCUUAAGAUCCUCAAACGCCGGUUCGGGCAACCUCACUUAAUCGCUAGGGCUCACAUAGACAAUUUGAUCCAUGGUCCAGUUUUAAGAUCUAUGGAUCCAACCGUCUUGAUGAAACUUGUCAGCGAUAUGCGAAAGUGUAAAAAUACGUUGCAGCAGUUGGAUUACGUAGCCGACUUAAACUCAUCUAGGACGCUGGCCGCCAGCAUCAGACGACUCCCUCCACAGUUACAAUUCAAAUGGUCAGAGCUCGCGUCAUCAACUCUGCGUCGUGGUAGAGAACCAACGUUCUCUUAUCUAACUGAUUUGAUAGACGAGAGGGCCGACGUAUCGAUGGUGCACCAGUCAUACUCUUCUAGUUCUGUUUCCUCAUACAAUCGUCCCCAGGGCGACCGAGCACCGGUCCAUAGGGCCUAUGCGCGCCACACACAAGCUAUUGGAGAUAGAACUCCAAUACAGCGUCGAUCAUGCCUGCAAUGUGACGUAGCACACUACACCGACCAAUGUGGCACGUUCAUAUCUCUCAGCUUGCCGCAAAGACUAGCGUUCAGGUUCAGGUUCAGGUUUUUAUUGAGGGAAAUAUAG